GGUGGAGGGGCUUUAACCAUCCUCCUUGGCUAGCUUCAAAUCCAUGGAGAACGAUGAUGGAGUUUCUUUGGAAAGUGGCGAAAGAAGUCCUCUGCUGGAUAAGAGCCAAUCAUCAAGGCAUUUUGAAGACAAUGGUUCUGAGGAGAUCGAUGAAAGAUAUGAGCCACAAAGUGUAACUUCUAUCUCCAAGGCAUCACCAAUAAUCUUAGCAUUUUCGUUCCUGGAAGGUAUUGCUUUCAAUGGCAUUGGCAUAAACUUAGUUUUGUAUCUUGGUUCUGUCCUUCAUUGGCCUAUUUCCUAUGCAAACAUACAUAAUCAUAAUACAUUUUCAUCCGUUGAUUUAUUUCACAAUUUGGCUUCACAACUUUGA